AAGGCUGCGGAAGGCCGGGCGGCUGUGGGGCUCCGGGGCCUGGGCUGUGCCCGAGCGUCUGCGGGCUCUGGGCUGCCACCUCCAUGGGGCCGCAGGCCCGCCCGUGAGCCCCCGCGCCACGGCCAUGGCCGAGGGGAGCGAGCUGAUGAGCAGGCUCAUGAGCGAGAACGCGGAGCUCAAGAAGCAGGUGCGCCUCAUGAAGGAGAACCAGAUGCUGAAGCGUCUGCUCAGCGAGAGCUGCCAGGAGCGCGGUGGCCUCGGGAGCCGGGACCUGCUGUUCCCCCGGGCGCCCACGUACCCCGAGGACUGCUCCCCCGGGAGCGCAGUUGCAGACUUCGGAAGGUUCGCCGGUGCCCCGGAAGCGCCCUGCCAGCUGCCAACGUCCUCCCUGGAGGAGCUGCUGUGCUCGCACGCCCCCAUGUCCCGCGAGGACGACGCGUCCCCCGGCUGCGCGGCGCCCGCCCCGGUGCCCUUCAAGGCUUUCCUCGGCGCCCCCGAGCUGCACGCGCCCCGGGGCACCGACCUCAAGCUGUCUCCGCUCCUGAGCCCCCUGCAGGACCCGCUGGCGGACAAGACCCUGCUGGAGCCCAGGGAGAUGGUCCGACCCAAGAAGGUGUGCUUCUCGGAGAGCAGCCUGCCGUCGGGGGACAGGACCAGGAGGAGCUACUACCUCAACGGGGUGCGGCAGGAGGAGGCUUGGCCCCUGACUGUCCUUGUCCUGCGCCGGCCUGCCCCGCCGCUCCUCACAGAGAUCCAGGGCUGCUGCGGCGCCCAGAAGGACGGGCGCAUCGUCGGGGAGAUCGCCUUCCAGCUGGACCGGCGCAUCCUGGCCUACGUGUUCCCGGGGCUGACCCGCCUGUACGGCUUCACCGUGUCCAACAUCCCCGAGAAGAUCAAGCAGACGUGCACCAAGUCCCUGGACGGGUCGGUGGACCAGACGCGGCUGCGGGAGCUGACCCAGCGCUACGCGGCGCUCACGGCGCGCCUGGAGAGGCUGGGCUACAACCGCGACGUGCACCCGGAGUUCAGCGAGUUCCUCAUCAACACCUACGGCAUCCUGCGGCAGCGGCCCGACCUGCGCGCCAGCCCCCCCCGCAGCCCGGCCGCGCUGCGCAAGCUGCUCAUCGACGUGCUGCCCCCCAAGUUCCUGGGCGACUCGCUGCUGCUGCUCAGCUGCCUGUGCGAGCUCGCCAAGGACGACCGCAAGCCGCUCUUCGCCUGGUGAGCCGCCCGCAGCGAGCCUCCCUGCGGGGCGG